AUGAACUGCUUCACUUUCAUUCUAUCUCUUUCAGCUGUACUAUUUUGGACACUGGUACAAUCGGCUCCCACCAGCACAACCGAGGGAACACCGACGCUGACCAUCCCGGGUGUUUCAAUAACUACAGGACUUCAAUGGGCUUCAGUACCUCUAUACACCGCCUCAAAUCUCAAGUUAGCUGUUACCACGCGCUCUACCUCUACGAUAGAUAAAAGUCGCCCAGUUAUAAACUCCAUUAUAGAACUUGCAAAAACUUUUUCAACGGUUCCUUUAUACAUCCCUACCGAAACAUCCCCGGUCCAUCCGAAAAUUACGUCGCAAGUAUCAAGUGAUACACUAAAAUUUGAGUCCAGCUCGAACACCGAAGAACAAGUAGCUUCUGACUCUACACCUCCUUCGAACACAACAAAACAAUUUGAGAAUAAAAGGGCGGUGACUUGGAGGACAUUCGUGAGCUUGAGCGUAAGAUGUCCGUCAGUAAUGUAUAUGUUGGAGGAAAUGGACUCGGACCCCGAGAUAUACCCGCAAUUCCGAAAUAACCCCAGGAGACGUCCCGACCCAGCUCUAAACUGGCAAGCAGCAAUGUAUGACUCGCACGCAACUCUUACCUAA